AUGAGAGGAGUUAACACAGGGAGAGGAAUAUUGUCUAUGGCUUCGAUAAAUUUGGAUACAGGAAUUCAAUCAUGUCCCUGUCGUAUAUAUAAUUACUGCUUUAGUAUGUUUGCUUAUAAGUCAAUUGUUUUUUUUCUAUCAAUUUGUACUGUUGUGCUAGUUAUAGUAACAAUGGUUUUUAUUCAACGAGCUACAAAAAUUCCAUUAAAAUAUUCAGCAAAAAAAUAA